UGAGGGUGUGUUUGUGUGUGUGAGGCAGACACAGUGAAGGAGUUGUCAAAGCGGGACAGAGAGACAGAGAGGCGGACGAGAAGAGGUCGACAUGCCCAAGUGGAUGAGCUUUAAGUUGUUCAAGGAGAGCAGCAGACUCUCUGGGGGAUGCGAGCUGACGGUGGUCCUCCAGGACUUCACCGCAGGAUGCAGCACAGAGCUGUCCAUCAGCACAGGUCAGACCGUGGAGCUGUUGGAGCGGCCCACGGAGCGGCCCGGCUGGUGUCUGGUCCGGACCACCGACCGCAGCCCCCCUCAGGAGGGGCUGGUUCCCAGCUCGGCUCUCUGUGUGUCUCACUCGCGAUCCAGUGUGGAGAUGGACUGCUUCUUCAGCUCAGGGAAAGAAAACUACCAUGUCAGCAGCUCUGACCGGAAGACGGAGUCUGUAGCGAACCUGCAGCCGCAGCCGUCCCUCAACUCGCUUCAGUCAAGCUCUCCGGGUCCCAAACGUUCCGGAAACCCUCUGAGAAAGUGGCUGCCGAGUUCCAGCCGCAAGAUUAGCUCCGGCAAGAAAGUCCCCGGCACUAAACAGAAGAAGCCAGAACCUGGAUCCGGAAGAGAUGGCAGUGGAAAGGUCAAUGAGCUGUGUCACCCUGGAAAGGAGGACAUAGAAGAGAGGGUAAACAUCAAGGAGGGAAACCCAUUAUCCAAGUCGUCUGCUGGGAUACAGAGCGGCGGCGAGGAUGAGCCAGAGCCAGAUGAUGAGCCCCACCUUCCUCUUCCUCCCCCCAUGGAGAUCAUGAAGGACCCCUCAGCUUCAGAGGACAAGCCUUCAUCCUUGUUAACAUCUCUGCAGUCGUCCUCUGACGUCCCCAGUGCUGCAGAGCUGGUUAGCGCCAUAGAGAAACUGGUCAAAACCAAGAUGACUGUGGAACCGUAUCCAGGCUUCACUCCUCCAUCUCCAACAACGGAACAACACACUCCAGUUCAGGCGAGGAACUCUGAACUGGACCAGAAAGCCAAAGCUAUGAGACACCGGACGUUUGUUCUGAACGAGCUCAUUCAGACGGAAAAGGACUACGUCAAAGACCUGGGCACUGUGGUGGAGGGCUUCAUGAAGACGAUCGAGGAGAAGGGGGUCCCAGACGACAUGAAGGGAAAGGAGAAAAUAGUAUUCGGCAACAUUCACAGGAUCCAUGACUGGCACAGAGACUUCUUCGUAGGAGAGCUGGAGAAAUGUGUGGAUGACACCGAGCUCCUCCCUGAACUCUUCAUUAAACAUGAGAGAAGACUGCACAUGUACGUGGUUUACUGCCAGAAUAAACCAAAAUCUGAGUACAUUGUAGCAGAAUAUGACAAAUACUUUGAAGGAAUCCAGCAGGAAAUUCACUCCAAGCUUUCCAUCAGUGACUUCCUCAUCAAACCCAUCCAGAGAAUCACCAAAUACCAGCUGCUGCUGAAGGACUACCUGAAGUACAGCAGCAAGGCAGGAAUGGACUGUAAACAAAUUGAGAAAGCCGUGGAGCUGAUGUCUGAGGUGCCUAAACUGUGCAAUGACAUGAUGAAUCUGGGCCGGCUGCAGGGAUACGAUGGAAAUCUGACCAAUCAGGGCAAACUGCUUCAGCAGGAAACCUUCUUCGUCACCGAGCAGGACGCGGGUGUCCUCUCACGGUCCAAAGAACGCAGAGUCUUUCUCUUUGAGCAAAUCGUCAUCUUCAGUGAGCUGCUCAGGAAAGGCUCGUCCACUCCUGGCUACCAGUUCAAGAAGAGCAUCAAGGUGACCAAUCUGGGCCUGGAUGAGAUGGUGGAUAACGACCCCUGCAAGUUUGUCCUGUUCUGUCGUGGCUCGUCGGAGCGUUUCACUUUGCAGUCUGCAAACGUCGACAUCAAGCAGGUGUGGGUCCAGCACAUCAAGAACAUCCUGGAUGCUCAGAACGACUUCCUGUCAGCUCUGCAGUCUCCCAUCAUCUACCAGCAGGGUCAGAAUAAAGAGGUCAGCUCCUCUCUGAUCAGACGGCCUUCCUCAUCAGGGAACCGGCCAUCAUCAUCCUCCCACAGCCGGCCUUCCUCAGCCCUCGGCUUCAGUGAGAAGGACCUGGAGAGAGGGAAGAGCCCUUUGAAAGUUUCUACCUCUAAUGGCGGCUCAUCUAGCUUUGAGGCCAGCCACGAUGACGGCGGCUGUAACGGUCUCUACUCCACCAUGCGGGUCACUCAGGACUACUCAGCACUUAAAGAGAACGAGAUCUGCGUCAGCAGAGGAGACAUCGUCCAAGUCCUGGCCACCAAUCAGCAGAACAUGUACCUCGUUUUCCGGCCAGCCGACAGCCAAUCACCGGAGGCCGAGGGCUGGCUGCCGGGCCACGUUCUGGGCCCGUCCACAAAGCCCAUAAAAGACUCUUUCUCCACUUCCUCCUUCCCAGCCGCUGUGGCAGACGCCAACAACAUCAAGAAGUCUUUGUCAUGGAACACGCUGCGUGCCAGGAAGCGAGCUGAAGCCAGGGACGGGUCAUUCCUGGGGUUCAGGAGCCAUGACAACAGCCUCCUACGUAAACCCAAAGAUGGCACUGUGUCCCCUCUCCCAUUGGCCCUGCCAAGCUCCACCCACAGGACUAAAGACCUGCAAACUUCAGAUGAGUCAGAAAGUGAGGAAGACCUUGACCCAAAGACAGGCAUGGAGCUUCUCAACCCAAACUUCAUACAGACAGUGGCUCCUGAAUUCCUGGUCCCGCUAUCGGAUGUAGUUUGUGCAUUUGGAGAGACGGUGGUCCUUUGCUGUAAAGUCUGCGGACGGCCCAAACCCUCUGUAACCGUGAAGGGCCCUGACCAAAACCUGGUGACCAGUAACAGCCGCUUCACCAUUGAUAUCAGGGACACUGGUGACAUCUUACUGAAGAUCUGUAAUGUGAUGCCUCAAGAUACAGGUAUCUACACCUGUGUUGCUGUUAAUGAUCACGGCUCUGCUUCUUCGUCCGCCUCCAUUAAAGUGCAAGGUAUCCCAGCGGCUCCAGGGAGGCCCCUGGCACAGGAGGUGAGCAGCACCACAGUGCUGGUCCACUGGCCCCCUCCCGCUUCAUCCACUCAUUGUGCCAUCACCAGCUAUUCAGUAGAGUACAGGCAGGAAGACUCGUUCUUGUGGCAGCAGGCGGCCAGCUGCAGGGAGGAGUGUGUACAAAUCGAUAAUCUUAUUCCUGGAGGUCACUAUCAAUUCAGAGUUCGAGCAUCCAACCGCUGGGGGGUUGGCCCACCAUCCCAACCCUCAAAUAUGGUUACACUGGCCAGCUGCAAUUCUGGUUGUGAUGGAACAGGGAUUCAGUGGAAAGAAAAUUUUGAAUCAGCCUUCACAGAAAUCAACGAGAUUGGAAGGGGGCGCUUUUCAGUUGUGAGAAAAUGUUUCAGCAAACCAGCAAAGAAAGAGGUUGCAGUGAAGUUUGUGAAUAAGAAGAUGCAGAAGAAGGAACAGGUUGCACACGAGGCAGACAUUCUCCGGCAUGUACAGAGCCACCAAGUGGUGGUCCUGCUCGACACCUACGAGUCCUCUUCCUCUCUGAUGCUGGUCCUGGAACUGCUGGAAGAUGGCCGUUUGCUUGACUACCUGGUCGCCCAUGAUGAGCUGAUGGAAGAGAAAGUGGCGUUUUUUAUCAGAGAGACUUUGGAGGCUCUACAGCAUCUCCAUACUUGCAGGGUCGCACAUCUGGAUCUUAAGCCAGAGAACAUCAUGGUGGAUCUUAGAGCUCCAACUCCGUCCGUUAAGCUCAUUGACCUUGGCGACGCUGUCCAGCUCACUGCUAACCGCCAAUAUGUCCACCUCUUACUUGGAAACCCUGAAUUCGCCGCCCCAGAACUCAUCCGAGGAACGCCGGUCUCUGUUGCGACAGACUUGUGGAGCAUGGGCGUCCUGGCCUACGUCAUGCUCAGCGGCGUAUCGCCCUUUCUGGAUGAAUCACCAGAGGAAACUUGUGUAAACAUUUGCCGCCUGGACUUCUGUUUCCCGGAUGAAUACUUCCGCCAUGUGAGUCAGGCAGCCAGGGAUUUUGUGUUGUCAGUGCUGCAGGAGGAUCCCAGGAAGAGGCCUAGUGCCACUUCAUGUUUACAGCACCCAUGGGUGGGACGUGGGGGUGCUCAAGGAGGCGAGUACUCCAAGACGCCCCUGGACAGGUCAAGGCUGGCCACAUUUAUUGACCGAAGAAGACAGCUGCAUGACGUUCGUCCUGUCACCAACAUCAAAGGUUUGGUGAGCAGCAGUAUGGGAAACACACUGUGAUGGAGAAAGCGGUAAACAUUCUGUCCAUCUGUGAGCGCCAUCGCUAAAACUUCUUCACCAUCUACUGUCUGAUGAACGCACGAGUGGAAAAGGUUCCUGUUUGUUCCAACAUUAAACGUCUUGGUUCUGUAUGAGUCACUAUUUGAAAAAUAAUAGUGUCUUCAUUUUCAUUUCCUAAACAACACUCCUUUCAAAGAAAUCCUCUCAGCCAUGUGGAGAGACACACAGAAACAUUCUCUCCAAAUCUUUUAAAUCCUUAUCCUGCUCCAAAAUACACUUGUUUCUUUUUAAUGCUCUAAAAGUACAGGCCAUCUACUUCUUAUUUUCAAAAAGGUAUUAACGAUACCUUGAAUGCUAAGAAGAAACAAAGGCCUUUGAAGGACAGUCGACCCACAGCAUCACAGGUCCUCCACCAUACCAUAAGAUGGAUCUUUAAGAUGAUCAGUGAGGACCUCCAUAUCUUUAUCUAAAUUCAUUAUGUGGGUCAAACACAGAGACUAUUUCUGAUGUGAAUGUUUUCCUUCAUGUAGUAAAGCAGCUUAUUUAUUUAGAAUUUGGAACUUAAAGCAAAAGUUGGACAAUUCUAGACAUUAUUGGUUUGUAGGACCGGAUCAUCAGAACGCCAAAAGGACUGCUGCUCACAGGAGGCACCUAGUUUUACAGCAAACUCACUCUGAAUAUAUUUGAAAGGAAAUGGGUUGGAGCAGAGUUUUUCAUCCACUCUACCGAUAUAAAAGGAUACCAACAGAAACCAGUGUCAUUAUGACUCAUUAGUUCUGGAAACUGGUAUGACUUUAUUAGACGUGUUUGUUUAGGAUUUAUUAAGUAGGUAGGAAAAGAGGCAGACGGCCGUGCCUUACAUGAGCUGUGGUUCUUUAAUAUAGUAAAGUGGAUGAAGCUGUAAAAGGAAACAAAAUACCCGACCAUAAAACGCACCGUGAUUCUCUUUAACUGACCUUUAAAGGGUAGCAGGAAUAUUUGUGUACGGAGAAGAUCUAUGGAGAAGGAACCAUGUCCCUUUUUUUCAGUUGGAUGGUACAAGCGCAAUGACACUGGACUCUUUGUGACUCUUUGUGACUUUCUAUUUUCAGUGUUAAGGACUCAAGAACAUGUUUUCACAAACUGACCAAUGUAACAUACAUAUUUAUUUUGUUAUGAUGAUUUGAUCUUGAAUACAAAACAGUUCCAGCAGAAAAAUAUGUGUAUCAGUAGAAGAUGUUGUCCACUGUAUGGUAAAAAACUACACACAGCUACAGGUUGCAGACUGUUAGAUUAAUGUCAGAUUGUUUUUGUAGUCCUGGUUCUGUAGGACUGUACGUCCAAGUGUAACCAAGAAUGUAAAGAUCUUGUUUUGUUUGACGCUGUAGAGAUGAGAAAAAGUUCACUUCUUUUUCCACUGGCCGGACUGUAAAGCAGCAGAUUUCAGGCCCUGAACGGCUGGAAGUUACACAGAGAGGACCUGUGGAUCGAAUUCAAGG